AGAGAGAGAGAGCGGCGGCGAUCCGCUGCGGAGGAUGCCUACCCCGCUGCGGGGAUAACCGCCAGGCGAGAUGGUCGUUACUCUCUUCCUCGUCACAUCCCGCACCGCGACGACCCCUCGGCACCCAUGAAGCCCCCGUUGAUGAAGCCAAAACCGGCCAAAGCAAGGCGGAAAGAGGCCACUGAGCGAGAGAAUGUACUGGCGCGUCGGGUUCGCCUGGACGCGCUCGUGUGUGGUUGAUCUUGGCCGGAACCAGAGCUUCUCCUUCGGCCUGGGCGGCUCCGAUGAGCAGCUCUCGUUUUAUGGGUACAUCAUCGCCUACCCUCUGCAGGACUACGGCGGGAUCAUGUCGGCCCUUGGGUCGGACUCGUGGUGGCGGAAAACGCUUUAUCUUGCCGGGGGCGCUCUGCUUGCCACCGCUGCCUAUCUAUUGCACGAGCUGCUCGCCAUCAGGAAAGAACAGGAGCUGAACUCUAAAGAUGCCAUCAUCCUUCACCAGUUCUCCAGGCCCAAGAGUGGAGUCCCUUCCCUCUCCCCCUUCUGCCUCAAGAUAGAAACCUACCUACGCAUGGUAGACCUACCCUACCAGAACUACUUUGAUGGGAAGCUUUCUCCCCAGGGGAAGAUGCCAUGGAUAGAGUACAACCAGGAGCAGGUGUCUGGUACAGAGUUCAUCAUCGACUUCCUGGAGGAGAAGCUGGGCGUGAGCCUCAACAAGAACCUCAGUUCCCAGGAGAAGGCUGUGUCCCGGGCUGUCACGAAGAUGGUGGAGGAACACUUCUACUGGACCAUAGCGUACUGUCAGUGGGUGGACAACCUGGAGGAGACACAGAAGAUGCUGGCGGUGAGCGGGCCGCUGAGUGACCUACUCAAGUGGAUCCUGAGUCACCUGACCGGCGGCAUCGUGAAGAGAGAGAUGUACGGCCACGGGAUUGGACGGUUCACCAAGGAGGAGGUCUACACUCUGAUGGAGAAAGACAUGCGGACGCUGGCCACCCUGCUCGGUGAUAAGAAGUACCUGAUGGGUCCUAAGCUGUCCAUGGUGGAUGCCACUGUGUUCAGCCAUCUAGCCCCUGCUAUGUGGACCCUGCCGGGCACACGGCCAGAGCAGCUCAUCAAAGGCGAGCUGAUCAACCUGGCCAUGUACUGUGAGAGGAUCCGCCGGCGCUUCUGGCCCGAGUGGUUCGUUGAUCUGGAGGACUUCUGUUACGAUGACACCACAGAGGACGAUGGCUCCCUGUCCAAACUCCAAGACCUGGGGCUGUAUUCCCGCACAGACACCUUCCAGGAUGAGGCCAGUCCUCCUCACACACACACACACACACACACAAUCUCCCCAGACAGUGACCGCACAGGCCACUCGCUCUACGACUCGGACAUGGACACGGAGUGCUCCGAGAUGGAGCCGCUCAAGUGUUGACUGCCAUAUGACUCACACACAACACACACACUCCGCCCCCAUACAGUGCCCUCUACCUGUUGAGGAGGGAAUAACUACUGGGGAGCAUUUCUAUUGCCAGUGGCUGUUGUUGCCUGUGCUAAUGAGGGAUGGUAUCAGAGCUUCUACACACAAUGUGCUAGAGGAACAAAAACUGAAUAUUGAGAUAAAGGAAUAGCAAGAUAGAGAAAAUAAGGGUAAUAUAGCAAUAGAGAAAGAGCCCGAGAGGGAUAGAGAGAGGAAACGAUCAACCUGGAAGAGAUAAAAGGGGAAGAGAGAAGGAUGGAGAAAAGAGUUGCAAAAGAAAGAUCAGGAAUUAAUGACGCAAUCACUGAGAAACUCCUCCACCUGGGUGAUGUCAACACCUGUCGCCCAGUUUCCUGUUGCCGAGUUGCUCUUACCACGGCAACCGUGUGUGUGUUACCUGUGUUCCCCAAUUGAGCUGCAUUGCCCCAACCAUGUGUGUUUGACAUACUGACCCCCUGACUUGCAUCCUUGCAAAAUAUGAGUCAUUAUAUUGAUAUUAUAUAUGAUAUGUGGGGAACUGUUCAGGCAAGAUGUGAAUGAGUACAGUUUAAUAUGAGUAUAAAUAGUAUAGAUAGCCUGCAAAUUAUAUAUAUUAUCCCAAUGUCCUAUAAUGUAAAUACUCUGUGUGGUUCUUCUGUACAACCUCUCAGUGCUUGUUUGAUAUGACCAAACUUCCUGGUGACCUUCAACUAACCCCUUGUGCUGGUCUAGGUUUUAGAAAUUCUAAUGCAUCUAUUUCUACCCAGAUGACUGACACUUUGCAUCUGCAGUCAGGUCUUAACCCAUCAUUGAGUAUUUCUUCAGUCCUUUGUAGAAUGGUCAGUGAUGUUGAGGGCGAGUUUCAGAUGCUGUGGAUUGAGGGGACAUCUCAAUAAUCUAAAGUGGAUUCAUCUCAAUAAUCUAAAGUGGCUUCCUUUCCUCAUCUCCUCUCCUUCAUCUGCACAGAUCUGAAAACAUAGGUGAAAGCAAUAUGGUAGAUGAUUACUGGAACUUUAUUCCACUUGUCCAAUUCUUUCCCAUCAGAUGAAGAAGAGGAGGAGAGGCUGCUACAUGAGAUCUUUAGUUGUGUGUAUGUACAUUCAGCCAUUGAGAGCGGAUGAAAUAACCAUGUAGAAAUAGACUAAAUAGACUAGAUAUACUUGGAGGUGCAUGGCUAAUAGGUGCCAAUGAAAAUCACACUACCCGGCUGGUUAUCUGUUAUCUACGUUUCUACGCUUCCCUGUUUUAAUGUUUAUUGUGAUGCAGUGUGUGUGUGUGUGUGUGUGUGUGUGCCUCAGGCCAGAGAAAGCGCACAAAGAUGCAAUAGAUUGAAAUAACUAUUAGGCCUUUGCCCAGCCUCUCUGUUCUCAUCAAAUACAUGGUGUGUCUACUCCCCUUUUAGAAUGAAUUGAUUCUAGAAAUAGAAGGAAUAGAAUGGCCAUUGUUACUUAUAGCAUCAGUUCACUCAGUGCUAUGCAUGAAACAACUACUAUAAUUCACAGUGUUGAUUGCCAGUCUUAUUUAAUAGUAGGCUACAGUAUGUGGAAUAGUGAAACAGUCUACUCUAAUCUUUCUAUUUCUAGUGCGUCGCUGAUGUAUGAUGGUGAGAUGUGGACAUUACAAGUGUUUGUCAUUCAGCGGACGCUUGUGGGUCCUGUGUGUGCGUGUAACAGAGGGUGUAGAAUUCUGUCCAUAUGGUGCAUCAAUGAGUCAUCGUACCUCGUGAGUUGAUUUUGAGGCGUACACCAUUUAUUCAUGCUGGGUGCUAACAGCUGACCCUAUACAGAUACAGACACAGAUACAGCCAGAUACAGAUACAGCCAGAUACAUACAGAUACAGCCAGAUACAUACAGAUACAGCCAGAUACAGAUACAUACAGAUACAGACACAUAUACAUACAGAUACAUACAGACACAUAUACAUACAGACAGAUAGCGACACAGAUGCAGACACAGAUACAGCCAGAUACAGAUACAGCCAGAUAUAUACAUACAGACACAUAUACAUACAGACAGAUACCGACACACAGACACGUACAGACACACAGAUGCAGAUACACAGACACAUACAGACACAUACAGAUACCGACACGGACACAGAUACAGACACAGAUACAGACAUAGAUAUAGAUACAGAUAUAGAUACAGACACAGACACGGAUACAGACACGGAUACAGACACAGAUACAGACAUAGAUAUAGACACAGAUAUAGAUACAGAUAUAGAUACAGACACGGAUACAGACACAGACACGGAUACAGACACAGACACGGAUACAGAUACUGAUACAGAUACAGCUACAUGGCCAAAGUGGAACACACAGAGACAGGACUCUCAUCUGUUCUAACGGUCGCAGCGGAGAAUAGUAAUGAAAGUAUUGGGUUCUCUUCAGGGCAGGUGUAGACGUUAGUAUGGAAAAGAUGAUGAUUGUAAUGGUUAUGAUGGUGAUGUUUAUGAUGAUAGGAUGAAGAUCCUCUGCAAACCUUAUUAAGAAGUUAACUCUCCUGACCACAUCUUACUACAACACACAGUCACAGUGACACAUCAGCCUUUGUGUGUAGACGAUGCAUCAGUCUGUCACUGUCUGUGCCCCUAUACCCUGCCUGCAUGUUUCUGGCCUUCACUUAUACGAGCCAUGUGAGAGACGCAGUCUUAUGGACUUACUGUAAGGCCUUGGUGUUUACCUUUUAAGCCAGUGAAAGCAUAUUAUUUAUGUAUUUUACAUGUACAUUAUUUAUUUUCUAUUUAUUUGUUUUCUAAUGAUUUGUUUUCUAUUUGUUUUGUGUAUUCAUGUUUAUUGAUACUGUUGGUUUACAUUUGGAGGUGUUGUUAUAUUGAGGCAUUAUUUGACACUAUUAGUAAUGUAGCUAUUUAUUUUCUUAGAUUUUUGUACUUUUGUUCUAUUGCUGCCAAUUACGUUUUUGUUCAGAUUCUCUCCUAUUUGAACACGGUAAAGAGUGGAGUGUGAUUGUAUGUCUAUGUUGUGUGCGGUCCUCUUAUUCUACUGGAACUGGGUUGCCAUUGGUUUGUCAGAACUAUGUUAUAAUCUAAAUCUCAACCUGAAGCAAACCUCUCUUAAUGGUUGCCAGAAUCGUGACAUGUUCAAUGUUUGAUGAAUGCUGAACUAACAAUGCUGAACUGUUUGGUGAAUGCUGAACUUUGGUAGUUGGGUUUAGGCUUGAGUCUAAACCCAACCACCAAAUGACCUGUGAGUUUCAUUGGGGCAUGCUUAUGUCCCUUAUCUAGUACACUGGCGUAGCAAACACACCUGCAGCUUGUGGGUCCCCAAUCCCCCCCGCAAAUGAUUAUUUUUGGGGGUACUAAUCUAACAUAUGGAAUUGUUUUAAGAUGGUCAAACCAUGGGUCAAACCAUAGCCCAUUGAAACAGAUUAAAUAACGCCUUUAUAAAUGACAAAAAAAGACAGUAAAAAUAUAAAUAAUAAGGAUUUGAAGUGUCUUGUCCUACACCUAGGAGAUAUAAGAAAGCUCUGGAAAUAUAUAUACUUAAUUUUCUUCACAUAUUUAACCCCUUAUUUUUUGAGGCACAAAACUACCUUUCUACUUCCAUGCAUUUUAUGGGUUACAGUCAGAUGAGUGAUGGUCCUAGAGCAAAACUGACACUGUCAGUCUCCCCGUUCCAUAGAUUGGUCAUAAGAGUUUGUAUCCAUUCGGACGCUACAGAGGUUUUCGUGAGAAGACCGAUUUUUAAGACGUUUCAUGAUCUGAUAAAGAUGGCUGUACCUCGGCCACCUUCAGUUGCAGGUGCGGAAGGCCGACAUAGGCAGAUGUGGUUGAUUGAGACGUAGCCCAGGCAGGAAACCUGAUAUCUCUAUUUUAAACUGACAGAUUUUGAUGGGGAUUUUUUGAUAAUGUGAUUUAGAUUGAUGCACGUGUCAGUCUGUAUCAUGGAAAGAGCAGGGGUUCUUAACGUUUUGUAUGAUCAGUGUAUGUCAACUCUGUCCGACAUCAUAAAAGGCAUUUCAUUUUUACAA